UAGGUCCCCGCAUCAGAGAUUACACGGCGUGCCCAUCGGAGGGCUCUCUCGUCACAGACACAAUGAACACUGUGAAGGCUAUCAAAAAUGCGAUAGUCUGCCUCGUCCUGCUGCCGCGUUUUCUUACGGCAGCCGUUGUCUUCUGGCUGCUUGACUUUUUGUGCAUAAGGAAAAGGGUGUUCUUCAGAAUGAGGGCGCAAGAGGGAGACCCCGUCGACCCCCCGCUGUGCAUAUCCGACUCCAAUCGGAUGUUCACCCUGGAGUCCCUGAAGGCGGUCUGGCACGGACACAAGCUGGACUUCCUGAAAGCGGCGCACCUCGGCUGCGACGCGCCGAACACCGAAGUAGUCCAGCUGGAGGAUCAGAGGCGCGGACGCAUCCUCGAUUACGCAAAGGAGCGUCGGCCGCUCAUCCUCAACUUUGGCAGCUGCACCUGACCGCCGUUCAUGGCGCGUCUGAAGGCCUUCCAGGGAGUUGUGCAACAGUACGCGGACGUCGCGGAUUCCGUAGUGGUGUACAUAGAGGAGGCGCACCCCUCGGACGGCUGGGUGAGCUCCGACGCGCCCUACCAAAUCCCGCGGCACCGCUGUCUGCAGGACAGGCUGAACGCCGCGCGGCUGAUGCACGCGGAGGUCCCCGGCUGCCCGGUGGUGGUCGACAGCAUGGAGAACUCGUCCAACGCGGCGUACGGGGCUUAUUUCGACAGACUUUACAUACUUGAAGACGGGAAGAUAGUGUACCAAGGUGGCCGGGGACCUGAGGGCUACCGGAUCUCCGAGCUUAAAGACUGGCUGGAGCAAUACAGACAAAGGCUGCGGGAGAAGCCCGGCGGCGGACUUACUAUGAAUGUGUAAAAGUGUUCUCGAUCAAUUUAGAGCUGCUAAGAAAACAAGAAAAAAUAA